GCGAAUACGAUUGACACGAAAGGUCUCUCGCAUAGAAUCUCAAGCAGUCGGGUGGCAGGACUCGGGAUCCAAUCCAAUCAAGCACGACGAACAAGGAGGAAGAUGGAGCGGCGCUUCACCUUCUUCUUCUUCCACUGUUGCUGAUCCAUGGCCUCUUCUUCCCAACGUCGCUGCGUUUUUGUUGGAAACAUACCCUAUGAUACCACAGAGGAACAGCUCAUAGAAAUUUGCAGAGAGGUUGGGCCUGUUGUCUCGUUCAGGUUGGUUAUCGAUAGAGAAACUGGGAAACCUAAAGGGUAUGGUUUCUGCGAAUACAAGGACGAAGAGACAGCACUAAGUGCUCGUCGUAACCUUCAAGGUUACGAGAUCAAUGGCCGUCAACUUAGAGUUGAUUUUGCAGAGAAUGACAAAGGCGUUGACAGAAAUCGUGACCAGGGGCAUGGAGGACCUGGAUUGCCCACUGCUACUGGUUUGUUUUUUCUCACUAAAUUAUUAGUAAUCACAAUUGCCUUUGGACAAACCAUAAUACACUGCAGACGCAAACAACUGGGCGUCGUUGGUGACAUUCAAUUGAUUUGCAGUUCUGCACCUCGAUCAACAUACCAAGAACGGUCACCUGAAUGGUAA